UUUUUUUUCUCCAUGUUGUGCCUUCAUAUUCUCGUAUUACAUACUGCAUAAAUUUAAUCUUAUUCUUUUAACUAUAUGGUGCCCGCCCAUGACAUUGGAUUCUUAUGAUCUACACUUUCCAAUUCAAAUCUUAGGAGUACACGAAGCAUAACACAGCUGACAACGUGAUACUGUUUCAUAAACGUUCCUCUAUAAAAUAAACAUCAGUACCACAACAGGCAUGACCGGUUUAGCCGGGGGCGGCGAGAUGCCUCUAUCCUCUAAGAUUCCCUACUGGCGUUUAGUCCUCGACCAAAAGGUUGUGACACCUGAAGUGGUUAAUUAUCCCUAUGCUGGAUCAGGAACCGAUGGUGACCCUUACGUUGUCAGUUGGAUCCCUAAUGACCCGCGCAACCCAAUGGACUUCAGCGACGUCCAAAAAUGGUCCUAUACUGUCUUAGUCUCCUUUGUCACCCUCACUGUUGCAUUGGUUUCCUCUGCAUACUCAGGCGGCAUGGGCCAGAUUGUCAAGGACUUUGACUGUGAACAGGAAGUUGCUAUCCUCGGGAUUUCUCUCUUUGUCUUGGGAUUUGCCUUUGGGCCAUUGAUCUGGGCACCGAUGAGUGAGACCUUCGGUCGUCGACAUAUUUUCACUAGCACAUUCUUCUUCCUCACUGCGUUCAAUGCGGGGGCUGCUGGAUCUCAGAACAUCCAAACCCUUAUUAUUCUACGGUUUCUCGCAGGAUUCUUCGGAUCAUCACCUUUCGGAAAUGCAGGAGGCACGAUUGCAGAUAUGUUUCCGGCUGCAAAGCGUGGUAUUGCGAUCAGUCUCUUCGCUGCAGCACCGCUCUGCGGUCCUACGUUUGGCCCGGUGAUUGGGGGUUUCCUCGGCUCUGCCGCGGGGUGGCGCUGGGUGGAAGGCUUUCUAGCGGCGUUAGCAGGUGUUGUAUGGCUGGCUAUGUGCAUAUUACUGCCAGAGACAUAUGCUCCAGUCCUUCUGCGUCGCCGAGCUGAAAAACUUUCUGAAUUGAGUGGACAAGUCUACCGCAGUAAACUGGAUAUCGAACGAGGCAGAGCGACAUUGACAAAGACAUUGACUACGGCCCUCUCCCGCCCAUGGCUUUUGCUUUUCAAAGAACCAAUUGUGCUUCUGUUCUGUAUCUAUAUGGCUAUCAUAUAUGGAACACUGUAUAUGUUGUUUGCAGCAUAUCCGAUCGUGUUUCAGGAAGUCCGUGGCUGGAGUGAGGGUAUUGGAGGCUUGGCUUUUAUGGGCAUUCUAGUGGGGAUGAUCAUCGCAGUCGCCUGCACCUUUCCAGACAAUUUUCGUUAUGCUAAGCUGUGUGAGCAAACCACGGGUCGUCUUGCACCCGAGGUCCGUCUUCCUCCCAGCAUUGUUGGAGGAAUCGCCCUGCCCAUCGGCCUUUUCUGGUUCGCGUGGACUAACUAUCCAACCAUCCACUGGAUGGCUCCGGUUGCUGCGGGCGUACCAUUUGGGUUUGGACUAGUCUUGGUCUUCCUCAGUGUCUUCAACUAUCUGAUCGACGCUUACACAAUUUAUUCAGCAUCGGUCCUUGCAGCUAACUCAGCUCUUCGGUCUCUAUUCGGCUUCGCCUUCCCUCUAUUCACCACCUAUAUGUAUCGCAAUCUAGGCAUUCACUGGGCUUCUUCCAUUCCAGCUUUCUUAGCCGUGGCAUGUGUACCAUUCCCUAUUCUCUUCUAUCUUUACGGGGCUCAGAUCCGUAAGCGUUGUGUUUACGCCGCUGAGGCCGAGGCAUUCAUGCAGCGUCUCGCCGCCAAGCAGAAUGCACCCCCGCCUCAAGAGCCAGCUCAAGAGAAAACGACGGUGGCUGAGAAAGCCGAGUCUGUCUAUAUAAGCAGUGAUAGUGAUGACUCCGACAGCCUUUCCACGAUUCCAUCCCAGGUUGCACUUGAUCGACGAGGUUCUCGGGCUUCUAAGAAGUCCGGGCACUCCUUGGGCCGUACAGCGACGCAGUAUGAGGAAAAUCCUUACGACAUUGACCGUGUCAAUACCCGCAACUCCGCCAUUAGUGGUCGCGGACGAAAGGACUAGAUGGAACAGCUGCAUGCACUAGUCUUUUCUCGGAGGGCUUCUGAUGCCCCAUAAUUGGCCUGGUCGAUCGCCUGACCAAAGCAGGCUCCAUAUCAACAAUCGCUUACGGCCCAUUUGCUUGGUUAAUACCCCAAGCUUGAGUGUCGGUUGCCCAUGGAACGGCGAGUUACAUAUACCCUAUACCCGAGACAAGCGCUCGGUUACUCGACACUGAAAGAUAGUGCAGCUUUCGUUCCGGAGGUAAAAGUCAUCAUGCAGGACGUGAUAUGUCCUCCUUGUGAAACGCAUGCACAGUUGCAGAUUACGGGUGGUGAAGGAGAGGGGGCGCUCCCUUCGUAUCCAGAGUCAUACUAUCUAUGUAUAGAGAAUCAAUGGAGAACAGCGGACUGGGCAUGUGUGCACAUACAUUGGUCUGAUUCUCCACGGGUAAUACACAUGAAUGUGAAUAAACCUAAUAGAAAGACCUAUAAUAUUAAUAAUAAAUUCAUUCAAUUCAGGAAAGACAUCUCCUUAUCUGUGGCUGAUUGCAUCAAAAUU